AGUAAGACACUUCCCAGAAUUCCUUGCGACCUAAGCGUCAUCCGCACCCAGAGACUACAACUUCCAUGGUUCUGUGAGAGCAGCGAGGGGGCGGGGCUUUGGGCGGUGACUCCGGCGACGAGAUGGCAGAUUCCUCUAGUUCUCGUCACCGCCUGCUAUACAAAAAGGUGGGCUCGCCGCCCUGGAAAGAGGCUUUCAGGCAGGGAUGUCUGGAGAGAAUGAGAAACAGCCGGGACAGGCUCUUGAACAAGUACCGUCAAGCUGGCGGCAGUACACCAGGGAGAGGCCGUAACAGGCUUUUAGUGCAAGAAGUGAUGGAGGAAGAGUGGAAUUCUUUGCAGUCAGUGGAGAACUGUCCACAGGCCUUGGCUCAGUGGGGCUCACCGAUGGACCUAGCUCUGCUGGAGGAGAUCCAACAGGAGCUGAUUGAUGAAGAAGAGUCCAUCAUCAGUGAGUACGAGAAGAGCUUGCAGUUUGAUGAAAAGUGCCUCAGUGUCAUGCUGGCUGAGUGGGAAGCAAACCCCCUCAUCUGCCCUGUGUGUACAAAGUACAACCUGAGAAUAACUAGCUGUGUGGUCAUGUGUCAGUGUGGCCUGUACAUCCCAUCUCAUUCUCCAGAGUUGACAGAGCAGAAGCUUCGUUCCUGUUUAGAAGACAGUGUAAAUGAGCACAAUGCACAUUGUCCCCACAUCCCUGAAUUUUCAGUCACUGAUGGAAUAGAAGAAAAACCUAGUCUUCUCAUGAGCUGUCCGGAGUGUGAUACCUGGGCUGUGAUCUUCUAGAGCCAGCCUGGACUCAUCUUUCUGCUGGAUUGAAGACAACUCACUCCCUCUGAGAAGAGGUCUUAUGUGUACAAACCUUUAUUUAUAACUUAUUUUAUAUUAAAACUUUUCAAAAACCUUUGUU